AUGAUUUCUCAGCUGAUAAACCAAAGGGAACCGACGGGCGUCUCAGGGCGUGGGGGCGAGGUUCUUGCCUUUGAAUCCCGACGUCGAGGACAGGAGCUGAGGGCGAUAUUCACCGAGGAUCAAAGAGACUCCGCGACCGAACUGGCCUUCAAGUACGCAGUCUAUCGUAUUAACAGUGACAAGGUGAUUCUGCCCAACACAACGCUCGUUUUCGAUAUCCAGUAUGUACCAAGGGACGAUUCCUUCCACACGGCCAAGAAAGCCUGCAAACAAAUCACCUUCGGCGUGCAGGCGAUCUUCGGUCCCUUCGACCCCCUCCUCGGCUCACACAUCCAGUCCAUCACCGACGCGCUCGACAUCCCACACCUGGAAGCCCGGCUUGACAUGGAACCCCAAGAGAAGGAAUUCAGCAUCAACCUGUUUCCCUCUCACGUGUCCCUCAACCAGGCUUACAAGGACAUGAUACAGUUUCUCAAGUGGAAGAAGAUUGCUAUUAUCUACGAGGAGGAUUUUG